CAUUACGUGGCUGGUUUAUUUUUGCAGCCGAUCUGUGCUCAUAUUUUCUUUCUUUUCCAUCCUGGCAUUUUGUUUUUCUCUGCGGAAUUGUGUGAAUUAUUGUUAAUGAUCAUUUACGUAACCUAUGACUGAUCUCCUUGCCCAACGUUCAAAACUUUCAGAACGUCACGCCAAUUAAGUACAUAUACUACCACCCAAACUACUACUACCCUGCACAAUGUCUACCCCUGGUCCAUCUGAACCUUCUCGCUCGCUAUAUCGUCAACAAGUGCUCGAGGAAGAUGAGUACACAGCAGCCUUGUCUGGCAUCAUAGCGAGAGACUUCUUUCCUUCUCUCGUGCAUCUCGACGCAACUAAUGAAUACCUCGAUGCCGUAUCGUCGAGAGACCCCCAUUUGAUCAGCGCAUCCGUGCGUAGAUUGCAAGAAGUUAAUAGCACCCCCGCCACCUACCGCGGGCGCCCAUGGCAGACGCCAUCCGCGACGCCCUAUGGUACUGGUCCAUCCGAGACCCCGCUGCGCACGCCACGAGGGGAGCCAGUAGUGAAACGCCCGCGAUAUGAUACCAACAUGAGUCUAGACAACUUCCAGGCGCGGUAUACAUCGGAAGACAAUGCAAGCUUCACACAGAUUAUGGAUGACGAGAACCGGAAGAGGAAGGAGAGGUGGGGUUGGGCAUGGGAGGCGCAGAAGAGAGUCGAGGAGCAGAGGGAUAAGAUGAUCGAAGCGAGGGAGAGAAUGAUGAUUGAGCCUGCCCAAGCACCCGGUGUGAAAGAGAAGUUCGUGAUUGAGGCCCCUACCGUUGCAGGACUCAUCACCCAAAGUGGAGAGUCGUCGGAGGAAUCGAAAAACCAAACUCAAGAUACGAAGGAUGACAGCAAGGGAAAGGAGGUCGCUGUUUCAAGUGAACCCGCUGAAGAAGACGAGCCUAUGGACGUUAUGGCGCCAAGGAAAGAUACUCGGUCUGCUGGUGUUGAUGGCUGGAUGUUUAAGGCUCGAAAUUCUCUUAUGUUCUCCCCUGAUGCCGAUGUGUUACCGUACCAUCCGCGUAGAUCGAAAGCCAAAACAAGUGAUGAUCUCGGAAUCAUAACGCAUGGAAAUACACGUCUACCAGAACAGGAUGAGGGAGAUUCUCAGUCACGAGCUACAUCUGCCCCACCUAGUCCCACUCGCAGUCGGAUUGAUGCCGCCAUCACUGGCACGCCGUAUCGACCGCGGUCUCCUACCAUCAACAAAUUUUCGCUUGUACCCAGCCUACCUUCACCUACCGCUUCUGAAUUGGGCCCUUCUGCAGUUAACCAGCUCAUGACAUGGGGAACCCUAAAUGCAACUCCACGAAUAUUGUCCAAGUCAGAUGAUCCAGCAGAAGGCAUGCUACUCCCUAGCACACCUUUCCAUAUUGCAGCGCCGUCGAGCCGCGAGGCGUUAUCUCACAGAUUGUCCGCCAAUGCGUCAAAAAGUCUUCGCGCGAAAGCUGUCCUUCUUGGGGGUCCGACCCCAAUAGCUGGACGCACACCGGCUCGAGGAGGUUCCUUGAAGUCCGGUUCUAUGGGCCCUCCGAGUUGGACCCCACGUAGAGCUGACGCACCUGGCAAUCUGACACCUGCAGGAAAAAGAUUGUUGGAUAGAACUACGAUGGGUGCAGCAGCAGCGAGAAGAGCGGAGGCGAUGGGUCGAAUGUCUGGCUGGGGAACGGGACAGACUGGGGAAAGGGACCUCAACCAUGUCCGGUGGACACCGACACCGACGGCUCGGGGGGGAUGACACCUGGCCAAGGGAAGCUUCUGGCAUUGUAUUUAGAGGACAUUGGAAUGUCAAGGCUGGACAGCAUAUUCUCG